GCUCCGGCCGAUGGUUCCUUAUCCUUCUUCCUCGGGCCGCCGCGCCGUCUUCUCCGUCACCGGCCGCCUCCUUCUCCUGCAUCGCAUCGCGCCCAUGGUGCCAGCUCUCGCUCUCUCCGUGGAGCCGCUGGCUCGCCGCCACCACCACCCUGCAAUACGAGGGUUCCGGAGGGGUCAGGGCCACGCGGCGACGCUUAGCGCGAGGAUCACGAUGCUCAGCCGGCAGGAUCCGCCAGGAGGAGGUGGUGGUGGUGGCGCCGCCGGCGGGACGCCUCUGUACCUCGGGAUAGACUUCGGAACAUCCGGGGCAAGAUACUCUCUGAUCGACAGGAAAGGCGCCGUCCAUUCCGAAGGGAAACGAGCUUACUCGCCACCUGUCGGCGGCGGCGGCGCGGGCUGGGCGAGCUCCUGGCGGGCGGCGCUGUUCCAGCUCCUCGGCGACAUCCCGCCGGCGCACCGCCCGUCCAUCUCCUCCAUCUCCAUCGACGGCACCUCGGCCACCGCGCUCAUCGUCGACAGCGAGACCGGGGAGCUCCUCGCCGGCCCGUUCCUCUACAACGAGAGCUUCCCGGACGCGCUGCCCGCCGUGGAGGCCGUCGCGCCGGCGAACCACACGGUCUGCUCCGCCUCCUCCACCCUCUGCAAGCUCGUCUCGUGGUGGAACACGGCGGGCGCCGGCGGCGGCGCCGGCUCCGCCGUGCUGAUGCACCAGUCCGACUGGCUCCUCUGGCUCCUGCACGGCCGGUACGGCGUCUCCGACUACAACAACGCCCUCAAGGUCGGCUACGACCCGGCGGCCGACGCCUACCCGAGCUGGCUCAUGGCGCAGCCCUACUCGCGCCUGCUGCCGCCCUCCGUCAUGGUGCCGGGAGCCCCCAUCGCCGCCGUCAGAGACGACGUGCGCUCUCAGUACGGGCUCUCCGAGGAGUGCGUCGUCUGCACCGGCACGACGGACAGCAUCGCAGCGUUCCUGGCGGCGCGCGCCGCCGGGCCGGGGCGGGCGGUGACGUCGCUGGGCUCGACGCUGGCGGUGAAGCUCGUGAGCGAGGCCCGCGUGGACGACGCGAGGUUCGGCGUGUACAGCCACCGCUUGGACGGCGCGUGGCUCGUCGGCGGCGCGUCUAACGCCGGGGGAGCCGUGCUCCGGCAGCUCUUCGGCGACGACCGGCGGCUGGCGGCGCUGAGCAGGGGCAUCGACCCGGCCGCCGCGUCCCCGCUCGACUACUACCCGCUGCCGAGGAAAGGCGAGAGAUUCCCGGUCGCCGACCUCGACAUGGCGCCAAGGUUGGAGCCGCGCCCGGAGAGCGACGCUGAGUUCCUUCACGGCAUUCUGGAAUCAAUCGCGCGAAUUGAGGCGAAAGGGUACAGUCUGCUGAGGGAGCUCGGCGCGACGGCGGUGGAGGAGGUGUUGACGGCGGGGGGAGGGGCGCAGAACGAGACGUGGACGGCGAUCCGGGAGAGGGUGCUCGGCGUGCCGGUGAGGAAGGCGGAGCAGACCGAGGCGGCGUACGGAGCGGCGUUGCUGGCACUCAAGGGCGCGGAUCGCCGAGCAGGAGCAAUGGCUAGCUAGAGCAGCAGAUGCUAAAGAAAUUGUGGAGCCUGCUUGAACAUUCUUCUGGACAGAUUUCUGGUGCCAAGAGAAGUGCAGAUGAUAUCUUCUAUUACAGAGUAAUAAGGCCAGCUGCAGAUUAGAAUUGAUUCGGAUCCAAAAGUGUGUGCAAGCUCAAAGCUACUCUUUUUUUUUUUUGGCAAAUAAAGCUUGUUGAUUCCUGGGGUAAAUCUACCGGUUAACUCCUAAAAUAAAUUUAGAAGCAUAAGAAUAACAACGAUGGGAAGGUUUGACCACAGGAAACCUUAACAGUUGAGCAAUGCUCGGUUUGCAGCUUAAAGCUAUUUUGCCUCAAA